CAACUGUCGAUAACAAAAAAUCCCUAACCUUAAUCCGCGCUUCUCUAACUGUCACACGUCAAAAAAGCGACCGAAAAACGGUUAUUUUGUAACUUUAAACAGUAUUUAGCUUCGAAAAUUGGAGUUAUCGUCUCUUUUACUCAUAUUCUUUUAACGAUUAUAUUGAUAAUUGCAAUAUUCGGUGAAUAAACCAAAAAUGAGCGGAAUUGCUGCUGCUAGGUUAGCCGAAGAACGCAAAGCUUGGAGAAAAGAACACCCUUUCGGAUUUGUUGCUCGCCCCUCAAAGAAUCCUGAUGGAUCUUUAAACUUGAUGAAUUGGGAGUGUUGUAUCCCCGGUAAGAAAGGAACCCCUUGGGAAGGUGGUCAUUAUAAGCUUCGAAUGAUAUUUAAAGACGAUUACCCCAGCAGCCCACCAAAAUGUAAAUUUGAACCUCCACUUUUCCACCCUAACGUUUACCCAUCGGGAACCGUUUGUUUAUCUCUUUUGGAUGAAGAAAAAGAUUGGAGGCCAGCUAUAACAAUAAAACAAAUCCUUUUGGGAAUUCAAGAUUUGUUAAAUGAACCGAAUGUCAAAGAUCCUGCCCAAGCGGAAGCUUACACUAUUUAUUGUCAAAAUCGUUUGGAGUAUGAAAAGCGCGUCCGAGCACAAGCUAGGGCAAUGCGUCAACAGGAAUUGUAAGGAAAUGAAAGAUAAUUAAGGCGAUGUAAUUUUUUUGCUAUUCACCUCGAAAAAGAAUAACAAUUUCAGUUUCUUAAAAUCUCUCCUGUUCCUAGAGGAUAAGUUAUAUUAAUAUUUAGUUCUAGAACAUUUUUUCAAUAAAAUUUUUAUAAAA